CUGCCUCAUCGCGCAGGGGAUAAGAGGUGCGCUACGCAAUGACGUCAUCCUCUUCGUCGUCUUUCUUCUCGCGUUUCUGCUCCUCGGCCCUUCGUUCCAGACCACUGUCUCCGCCGGAGGAGACCUCCGUCAGAACGAAGUCAGGCGAAGAUCUCGUUCGGCGGUUGGGACCCUUCGAUUUGGUUCUACUCGGCAUUGGUGCGUCUAUUGGUGCUGGCAUAUUUGUCGUCACCGGAACGGUUGCUCGAGACGCUGGACCUGGAGUGACCAUUAGUUUCAUCAUAUCUGGAGUAGCUUCUAUGCUCAAUGCACUCUGUUAUGCUGAACUAGCAACUCGCUUUCCAGCUGUUGUGGGAGGAGCAUACCUUUAUACAUACUCAGCUUUCAAUGAGAUAACUGCUUUUCUUGUUUUCACUCAAUUGAUGCUUGACUAUCAUAUUGCUGCUGCUAGCAUAGCUCGUAGCCUUUCGAAUUAUGUAGUUUCUGUACUUGAGUUGAUUCCCUUCCUCAAGGGCAACAUACCAAGUUGGUUUGGGUAUGGUGAUGAAGUUCUCGAAACUUUUUCUUUUAAUAUUCUAGCUCCUAUUCUCUUAGUGCUUUUGACUGUAGUCCUUUGUUGGGGAGUUGGAGAGUCUGCAAUACUCAAUUCAAUUAUGACAGUAACAAAGGUGGCCAUUGUGGUGGUGGUUGUAAUUGUUGGGGCAUUUGAGGUUGAUACCUCCAAUUGGACUCCGUUUGCUCCAAAUGGUCUCAAGUCGAUAUUGACUGGAGCAACCGUGGUCUUCUUCUCAUAUGUUGGAUUUGAUGCGGUUGCUAACUCUGCUGAAGAGUCGAAGAGACCACAAAGGGACUUGCCGAUUGGAAUAGUUGGUAGCCUCAUUGUCUGCAUUGUGUUGUACGUUGGGGUCUGCUUAGUAAUUACUGGAAUGGUUCCAUACCAAUAUCUCGGGGAAGAUGCUCCAUUAUCAGAUGCUUUCACUGCCAAGGGCUUGAAAUUUGUAUCUGUAUUAAUAAGCAUUGGUGCUAUUGCUGGACUAACUACAACACUUUUAGUUGGGCUUUACGUUCAGUCAAGGCUAUAUCUUGGACUUGGAAGAGAUGGCUUGCUUCCGGGUAUAUUUUCCAAAGUGCACCCCACACGACAUACACCAGUUCACUCACAAGUGUGGGUUGGUCUCGUUGCCAUAAUCUUGUCUGGACUUUUUAAUGUGGAAGUUCUCUCACACAUACUAUCUGUUGGAAGCUUGACUGGGUACUCAGUUGUGUCUGCAUGUGUGAUCACCCUUCGCUGGAAUGAUAAGGCUUCGAAUCAGGCUUCUACCGAGAGGAUCUCAAAAAGGAGAGAAGGCAUCGUUUGCCUUGUCGGCAUUGCCUGUUGCGGUUUUGCUGCUGGGGUCUUCUACCGUUUCGAUGCUUUGUUUGUGUUCCCAGUAUUAGCUACUGCUAUCGCAAUAUUUUGUGCAGCUGCUGUUUAUCUGCGGCAGGUUUAUGUGGUUCCACGCAAUUUCUCCUGCCCCGGAGUUCCCAUUAUUCCCUGCCUUAGCAUUUUCAUCAACAUUUUCUUAUUCGCUCAGUUGCACUAUGAAGCCUGGGUGAGAUUUGUAGUACUCAGCAUAGUUGCAGUAGCUAUCUAUGCUUUUUACGGGCAGUAUCACGCCGAUCCAUUGAAUUCAAAUUCGACCGUUGUUUACCACCGGGCGCCCGGCGAAGAUGCUCCGUAGUCCCCACAAUUUCAUGUAUGUAAUGUAUCUUGUUGUGCUGCUCUCUCUAUCUCUCUCUCUCUAUAUAUAUAUAUAUUUACUUCUUUAUUUAGAAAAAUCCUGAUGCAGUUUCAUCUGUGGUAAAUUUGUGUUGAGCAUGGAAUCAAAAGUAGUUUCUUCUCCAGGCUCUUGUGAACUAAUGGUUAUAUGUAUAUAUUUGAGUUAUAUGCAUAUAUAUAUAUAUAUGUCAUAUGUGUGUGUCUAUAUACUGUAUCUGUCAUGUGACAAACACCUUGUGUAUUUUUCUUGGCCCGAUAUUUGAUUGACUAAUUAAUGCCAA